AUGUCUGCACACUCCUCACUUAAGCCGGGAGGACGAAAGAUAUCCUUUGGUUCUCCAGCCGCCAGAUCAGCCGGACUGCACAGGCCAGCCGGAACCUCAAAUGCGGCCGCCGGGCUUCCGGCGGACUGUUGCGGCCUGCCGGAACGUGUUGGGUACCUUAACCCGGAGAAAAUGGCAACAGUUAUGUGGUACCGCAGCGUGGAGGGCCGAAGCCAGCCGGUUUCCUUGGAGGGCGGCAGCCGCGUGCGGCAGGUGGGCGGCAGCCUGUACGUGGGCGGCGCGCUGCUGCGAGACUCGGGCCGCUACGUCUGCGUAGUCAACAACUCGGUGGGCGCCGAGCGCGCCUCAACCUCGCUGCUCGUCACCACGCCGUUGUCGGCGUACAUGGUUCCACAGCAGCAGACGGUGGACGUGGGGCGGUCUGCACAGCUAAACUGCUCCACCGAGGGCUACCCCCAGCUGGCCGUCUCCUGGCUCAAGGAUGGUCAGCCACUGCACACCUCCAGCAGGGUCAAGCUCGUCUCGGCGCAGACUCUCCGAAUAGAACACGUGGAGAGGUCAGACCGAGGGAUGUACCAGUGCGUGGUGUCCAACAACGAGGAGACGGCGCAGGGCACUGCGGAGAUCAGGCUGGGAGACUCGUCGCCGGUGCUGGUGUCUGCGUUCAGCAGUGCGACGCUGCAGCCGGGAGACACUUGGUCAGCCCAGUGCGAGGCCGCCGGCUCCCCGCUGCCGUCCGUGUCGUGGCUCCUGGACGGACAGUCGCUGCAUUCCUCCGCCGUGCCAGGGGAGCGCAGGGUGGAGGUGGGCCGCCACCCGCUGGUGGUGACAGUGACGGUGCAGGCUGGCGGCGUUUCGGUGACGGGGCGGCUGUCGCUGUCAGGACUGCGGACGACGGACGCGGGGGUGUACGAGUGCGUGGCCAGCAACGCGGUGGGGGAGGCGCGCCACGCAGCCCCUCUGCACGUGCUGGGCCCGCCCCACGUGCGGCCCAUGCGCGACGCGAGGCUGGUCGCCAGGGAGGACGCCACCUUCCACUGCCGCGUCACCGGCUACCCCAUCAGCGAGGUCCACUGGGAGAGGGAAGGUAAGGUUCUGCCGGAAAAUCAUCGUCAGCAAGUAUUUCCAAAUGGAACUCUCGUUAUCAAGGAUGUACGGAAACAUGCGGAUGAAGGAGGCUACGUGUGUGUCGCUACUAACCCGCAAGGCCAGACUUCGAGGAGCAAAAUGAAUGUUCAGAUAAUGGAGGCACCAGAGAUUGAUCCAAUUGUAAUCAAACGUGACUUGCAACUGGGCAUGCGGAUGCGUCUCGUCUGUGUAGUAAGUAAAGGGGACUUCCCGAUACGGAUUCAGUGGCUAAAAGAUGGAAGUCCCAUACCAGAGGAUCAAGACAUUGCUGAGAAGAUCCUAGAUGAGUACUCGAGUACACUGAGUUUCAGCAGUCUGGCUGUUAAACACAAUGGAAAUUAUACCUGCCACGCUUCAAAUGCUGCUGCAUCCAGGAACUACUCUGUGGAAAUAAUUGUAAAUGUACCACCUACAUGGAGAGUGGAACCCCACGAUACGGAGGUAAUAGCUGGACAACGUGUCACGCUGGCCUGUGCUGCGGAGGGGUCUCCAGCACCACAUAUUCACUGGAUGAAGGACACGGGUUCCCUGCCUCCUCAGUAUCAGGAACUGGAUAACACAAGGAUGAACUACAAGAUUCUUCAGAAUGGAAGCCUUCUGAUCCAUAGUGUUCAACCAGAUGACAGAGGAUAUUACUUGUGCCAGGCAUCAAAUGGAAUUGACUCAGGUCUCAGUAAAGUGGCACAUCUUUCUGUUUAUGUUCCUCCGAGAUUCUCCACACACACUACAAAUGUUACAGUACCAAAGGGAAGCACUGCUAUACUUAACUGCACAGUGGCUGCUGACAAACCAAUAUCCAUUACUUGGUACCAAAAUAAUCAUGAACUUAAGCCUAAGCAACACCCAAAAAUAAAUAUUAAAAAAGAGAAUACAAGCAAAGGAGUAACAUCAACACUCAUGUUUAAACAUGUUCGCAGAGAAGAUACUUCAUCUUUUAUUUGUGUUGCCUCAAACAAAUAUGGAAAGGACCAAUUAGAAAUGAAACUUAUUGUCCAGGAAACUCCAGAACCACCUACUAAUGUUCGUGUAAAUAACUUCACAAGCCGAUCAGUCUCUCUCAGUUGGGAGCAGCCAUAUAAUGGAAACAGUGCCAUUGGAGCUUACAUAGUGCAGUAUAAGAACACAACAGUUCCUUGGCACCAGAAUGUUGUCCAGGUUGUAGUUAGAGGAGAUCAGCUGAAUGUUACCCUCAAAGAUCUGAAACCUGCGAAUGGUUACCAGUUCCAAAUUAGAGCAGAAAAUUCUGUUGGUGUAUCCAACGCAAGUGAAACAGUAACUUUGACUACGCUGGAAGAAAUACCAGAAGCACCACCGAGGGACAUCGAGAUUAAAGUGAAAGAUUCCAAAACACUUCUAGUGACCUGGAAGAUGUUUAUUGGCAUCAUCAAACAAAUAUGGAUAACUGCAAUUGUAUCUUCAUUUAUGCAAAUAGGUCUUGAUGAUAUCAUGAGUUUGGUUGCCAGCUACUUCUACCUGAAAAUUAAACAAUAA